CGGAAACUUUACACCGAUUCGUGAAAGCUAGUGGAAUGCUAGAAGCAAUGUGUAGUGAAAUUACAGACGGGAAUCGACGCUUUACCGACUGAAAAUACCAUACGGGAGCGUUAAACUAGUUGUGACACUUUUGUGACUAUAGCAUACUUACCAAAAAUUUCUGCAGUCUACGCGGCUUCAGCCUUGUGAAGGCAGAAUGACUGUCAAUAAUCGGAUAAGAAGAAUAAAUGCCCUAAGUAGUAGUGAAGUGCGUGUGAGUGUCCUGUCGUAUCAGUGACCAAAGUGACUAGCGUGGUGGAAAAUGCUCCAAGUUUAGGAAGGCACACUUUACGUAGAUUUGCACAAGAGUCCCAAUGAGUCAGGUGCAGGGACUACAUCCAGCACAAAAUAGAGUAGGAUAAAGUUAAAGUGGCUGGGUGUUAGUGGUCGGAGCCUCUCAUCAUCAUCAUCAUCAGCAGCGAUGUCCCGACGCGAGGGCCGCGCGCGGACCGUGGUGGCGGUGAUGCCACCGCCUCCCAGCAAGUGUGCUAAGUUCCUGUACUACACGUGGAAGCUGUGCUCGGUGGUGUUCAGCCACCUGGUGAUGAUCAGCCUGGUGGUGGCGUACUGCGUGCUGGGCGCCGUCACCUUCGAGCGACUCGAGGCCGAUCACGAGAGAGAGGUGAAGAGGAACAUCUCCUCGCUCCGGAACCACACGACCCAGAGCAUCUGGAGCAUGACCCGCGCCGCGCCGCUGCUCAACCAGACCAACUGGACCGCCGAGGUCGUGCACAUGCUCAAGGACUUCGAGAACUCGAUCCUGCUGGAGAUGAAGGUGCGCGGCUGGGACGGCAGCGAGAGCACCGACCACAUCCAGUGGACCUUCACUGGCGCGCUCUUCUACUCCAUCAUCGUCAUUACCACCAUCGGCUACGGCCACAUAGCGCCGAAGACGCAGACGGGCAAGGUGGUGACGAUCCUGUACGCCAUCCUCGGCAUCCCCCUCAUGCUGCUCUGUCUCUCCAACAUCGGCGACGUCAUGGCCUCCUCCUUCAGGUUCCUGUACUGGCGAGUGUGUUGCUACGUGUGCACGAGGCCCCCCAAGAGGAGGCGGCGACGACACGCGUCCGUCAGGAGAUCCGUGCGCGGCCGUCCCGGCUCCACCCGGCGGCGGCGCGCGCCCCCUGGCUUAGCGCCCCCUGCGAUGGAGAGGGCGCACUCGGACACCGACUUCAGAUACCGCGACAGUGGCUACAGCAGCGGGCGCGCUCGCCGCCCCCGCGCGCCCCGCGGCCCCCGCACCCGCUCCCAGCCGCCCGCACACGCGUAUAGACACCAUGGACCGGAUUAUGAAUCAGCAGACAGGUCACCUGCUCGAUUCGUUAGACCCGAAUAUGAUGAAGAAAAUGAAGAAUUCCCAAAAAUCUCUCUGCCAUUGCAAGAUCUGGCUGCAGCCCUCAAAGACCUGGACGAUCACCGAGAGAAAUACAACAAGAUGGAGUCACGAAGCAAGUCUCUCCCUAGACCAGCCAAGAGGCAGUCAGACUACGGUCCUCGGAGGGACUUCGAUUCAUUCAGAUACGAGCCAGAAGAUCGACACAAGGAGGUUUAUCAAAUGCAUGACCUUCAUGAUGUGGACUAUGAGAACUUUAAGGAGAGAAAGGCUUUAGAAGAACGAGAGAAGAGAAGAGUAGAUGAUGAGUAUGAUACGUAUAGGGAUCGCGGGUAUGACGCGGAUGAAGAUUUUGAGUUUGAUGAUUCUCGGCAUCGGAGGACUUGGGAUGACAGAAGAAGAGGUCGGGGUAGAUCAGAGUUCUACGAUCGUGAAGAGUACUCCAGACCUAGAGGAAGACGAGCGAAGAGUGCCGUCUAUGACUAUGAACACCACUACGACCACUACGAGAGGGAAAGAGAUGGAAGAUGGGCUGAUGCUGAAGGGGGAAAAGGAAGGCGAUUGCGUAGACUGCAUACUGUCGAUGACUCCAGAUAUCCUUCUAGAUAUACGCCAUCUCCUGAUCGUGAAGAAUGGAGUGAUGAAGAACUGCCUCCACGAAGAAACAGGCCACCAGCUUUUAAUUCUCGUCAGCUAGACGUGUAUGCCACUCCGCUGGAUCAAGCCCCAAAAGAAGAGAUCAAGCCGGUGCCCAUCUGGCUGUGCGUGCUGCUGGUGGCGUCCUACAUCGUGGCGGGCACGUUCCUGUUCAAGCGCUGGGAGGGCUGGCCCUACCUAGACGCUGCCUACUUCUGCUUCAUCACCCUGACCACUAUUGGCUUUGGGGACUUUGUGCCGGCUCAGUACGUGUUCCACGGGUCGGGCGGCGCGGCGGACGCGGCGGCGGCGGUACACUCCAUCGCGCUCUGCUCCCUGUACCUCCUCUUCGGCAUCGCCCUCCUGGCCAUGAGCUUCAACCUGGUGCAGGAGGAGGUGCGGGCCAACGUGGCCGCGCUCGCCACCAGGCUCGGGAUUAUCAAGCCGGAGCAUGGGGAUAGUGAUGAUGAUAGCGACUACUAGAGACCUAGAGAGUUCCUUUUGCUUAUCGCAACGAUCACAACUACUUGAAUUGGCCAGAGAGAUUAGGUCAGAGUGCGCUGGACGUAUGGAACAGUAAUGGUGAUGCGUAGCUCAUGAAGAGGCUAAAUUAUCGAGCCGGAGCAAGGUGGUAGCAAUAAUGAUGAUAGUGACUUCUAGAGAUCUUCUGCUUAUCACGUCGGUGACAAACAGGAUUGGAAGCCAGGGUGCGGUGAAUUCAUAUGUGGAGAACAGGUAAAUACUAGAGAGCUCAUGAUAGGUAGCCACAGACUUGGGAUUAUAAAACUGUAGCAUGGGGAUAGCGAUGAUGAUAGUGACUAUGUACUAGAGCGCUUCUGCUUAUGGCUUCGAUGGUGAAACUGUCAUGAAGAACAUGGUGAUAGUGAAUGAUGUGAUGAUGUAUCAUAUAGACUCGAGAUAAAAGUGACAGUAAUGAAGUGGUUAAACUAUAUGGAAUCAAUAGAAGUGGGACAGAGCAAUGUGUAAUAAGUAAAAUAAAUUAUAUGUAAGUAAGUACCUAGUGCAUAAGGGCACCUACUUCUGCCUGUUAUUAAUCAAUGUAUAAAAAUAAUUUAGUGUUAAGUUUGGAAUAAAAGUUGAUCUACUUAGGUACACGAUAAAAGGUUAAAUAAUAAAUUACCUAACUACAUUAAUAAAGUCUA